CAAGUAGCAGACUGCCUCACAUAGGAUAUUCUCGCCCAUUCCGAACCCACACACACACCGGACGCUUCCAGCAGCGCCAGACCAGCGCCAGACCAGAUCAGAUUCGUCUCAGAUACAAAAAACAAAAAACAAAAAAACACUCGCAGAUAUGCCCAUCAAUACAUCCUCAUCCGAUGAAGGCGUCACGGGCGCCGCCAAAUUCGUGACUUCUGCCGUCGGUAACACUGUAGGCGGUCUAGCCCGCACGGUCGGCGGCGUCACCGGCGCAGCGGGCCGCGGCAUAGGCGACACCAUCACCGGCGCGACAGGCAGUCUGGGCAAACCCGUGGGCGACGGCCUCAACAACGCCGCCACGGGCCUCGAGAGCGGCACGCACAGAGUCGCGCAGGGCGUCGAGGACGCUGGACAGUGGAAGGGCGGGGCGAAGCGGUUCUAA